UGAACAGAGAUUAAGUCCCUGGAGGAUUCCCGCUUCUCUGUAUUUGCCUGCAGUCCCUUUCCAGCGUUGUCUAUUCCUCUUCAGUGCUAACAAGUCAGAAGUUUAAACAGGGAGAGUCCAUCUGGAUCCUUCUCAGGGGAAAAUUUGAUGUGUAGCCAGGCUUUUACAUGAAUUAAAGAGUACCUAUUAAGAACUUGGGACAGAUACCCAUCCUCCCAGCCUUGGAUUUUGAUUUCUCUUUACUUUUGGCUGAUUUCCUUCCAACAGUAGAGCAAUAUGUCUGGUGACAGACCAUCAAAAGUGACAGAAGUCAGUCUCAGUUCAUUCAAGCGCCCAACACUGGUGGAGGUCAAAGGAGUUACUAUGGUUGAUAACAUUGAAGAGAACUGGGAUUCUCUGUGGGCCUUCCAAGCCAAACCUGAUGACCUUCUCAUUUGUACCUAUCCCAAAGCAGGGACUACCUGGAUGCAGGAAAUUGUGGACAUACUCCAGCAUGGAGGAGACCCAGGAAAAUGUGCUCAAGUCCCCAUUUUUCAUCGGAUACCCUUCCUAGAAAAAUUCCAGUUUUCUCCCACAGGCUUGGAAGAGUUGGAGGCGAUGCCUUCCCCACGUAUCAUCAAAACUCACCUCCCAGUCCAGCUUCUACCACCUUCCUUCUGGGAACAGAAUUGCAAGAUGAUUUAUGUGGCCAGGAAUGGCAAAGACACUGCAGUUUCCUAUUUCCACUUCCACCGCAUGAACCAUAGUUUGCCAGAGCCAACAAGCUGGAACCAAUUUCUGGAGGAUUUCCUUGCAGGGAAGAUUGCCUGGGGUUCCUGGUUUGACCAUGUUCGUGGUUGGUGGGAUGCCAAGGGCCGCCACCCAAUUCUCUAUGUCUUUUAUGAAGACAUGAAAGAGAACCCAGCCCGGGAAAUCCAAAGAGUAGCCCAGUUCCUGGGUCUAGAGCUCACAGAAUCAAUUCUGAACCAGAUUGUGCAGCACACAAAGUUUGAGAACAUGAAAAAGAACCCACUGACAAAUUAUACUGCCAAGCCACGCUAUGCAAUGGACCAUACUGUGUCACCCUUCAUGAGAAAAGGCACCACAGGAGACUGGAAAGAGCACUUCACAGUGGCUCAAAGCGAACAGCUAGAUAAUAUCUGUGACCAUUUAUUGGGAGGCAGUGGCCUGACUUUUCGCACAGUGCUUUAACUACCUUUCUGUACUUUGCAUCAAGACCUCCUGGGAAACAUGCUUGGAGUGAUAUUCUAACAUGUACUUAAUAAACGAAGCCAAGAAAUCCCAUGCUAAGAGUUACCAAGAAGAAUUUUGUGUGUGGUCUGUGUGGGGUGGCAUCCCUUUCACUUUCUCUCUAGUCUAGUUGGAUCGUGUCACCUUUUAUA